AUGGAUGCCAACGGACAGCAAGACUCGCCGCUGUCCAUCAGCGCCAACAUCGCGGGCAUCCUCACCUUUGUGGUCGCAAUCAUCGCCGCCGUCUACGCCCGGCUCACGUACCUGCGCAACAGUGACGAAGAGUACUUUCGUGUCAAGACCUCUUUGUCAUGGUACAAGACCGAAUCUGCGUGGUUGGCAGACCUCGUAACUGCCAUCAACGCCCAGCACGAGGGCUUUCAUGCCUACCAGCCUGAACAUCAGAUGUACACCUUCGUUAUGGAAGAUCUGUUAAACCUUGAGCAGCGCCUUCUUGAUCUGGUGGCUGAGACGGAGGCCAAAGCAAGUAUUGGCGACGAGGGUCAAAGGUGGACACUGGUGCCGAGAAGUUGGCGUGGCGGCCGCACGACGGUUGCCAUGGCCUGGUUACCAGUGCGGACAAAGGCGUUGGAGCUGGUGAGGCAGCGAGAAGGGUUGACGACCAGAGUCCAGUUCAUGCAGACAAGCAUGAUCUCAUCACGGCUGCGUGACCUGGAGUCCAGGACGAAAUGGCGCGAGAUGAAGAUGGAUGAGAGCUCACGCAAGCUGGAAGCUCUAGUUGAGAGCCAGAGGGAUCGGAUUCACCGGUUAGAGGAGCUCGUGAGCCGAUUGACGCACCAGGAUCAGAGUCUUUCGCGGGUCGGGACCUUGACAAGCCUUGGAGUCAAAAGAAGCGAAUCGAUGGAUUUAUUUGAGGAUGACGUUUCAACCACGGUAGGCGAGCCCGGGGAGGCGAUUCCAGCAAGGAAAUUAACCAAAGAAUAA